GAGGAAACGGCACGCUGUGGCCUGGAGGAAGAUAUUGUGAGCCACGAAGGCAACUUGGUUAGCGGGAAUGCAGAAGGAAGCUUCGAGCGCACAGCUCGUAGUCGUCAUGAAAAGUUAUUAGGACCGAUGGCAUGGACGCUAACUUUGCCGAAAAAUUAUCGCACUAGGCGCAGUGCCGGGGGGCUGAUGUAG